AUGAUUCCCAAACAAAUCGAGGCUUACGUUGUUGAUGAUGCGUCAAAGCAAACUUUUCGCAAGGCACAAAUUGAUGUUCCACAAUUACAGCCUCUUGAUGUCUUGAUGAAUAUAGAAUGCUGUAGUGUUUGUUACACAGAUUCUUUCUGCCCUGCAGGAAAAGCUCCUGGUCAUGAAUUUAUUGGUAAAAUUGUUGCAGUCGGAAGUAGUGUGGAAAAACUCAAGGUAGGCCAACGUGUUGGUGGAGGUUGGCAAUUAGGUUCUUGCCAAAAUUGCGAUGUUUGCAAUGAUGGUAAACAACAUAUUUGCCCUGAGAAGACUAAUUUUAUAAAUGCUCCAAUCGGUGGAUUUGCUGACUACGUCGUUUGGGAUUCUCGUUUCCUUUACGAUAUACCCGAAACAAUGUCAUCUGCCGAUGCAGCUCCUUUACUUUGUGCCGGAAUUACAGUAUAUGCUCCUCUUGCUAAUCAUAAUGUUCAACCUGGAAGCCGCGUUGGCAUUCUAGGUGUCGGUGGUCUUGGCCAUCUCGGUAUUAAAUUUGCAAAAGCUUGGGGUUGUCGAGUUGUCGCUUUAUCAACUAGUUCUAACAAGGAAAAGGAAGCUCGUGCAUUCGGCGCUGACGAGUUCGUUGUCACGAAAGACGCAGAUCAGCUGAAGUCAUUAAAGCCUUUAGACAUGAUCAUCAACACCAGGUACAUGAAUGACAUUAACAGACGUUUUGCAGCUGCCAAUUGGUUCGUAAUUGAUCAGCUCAGAUAA